AUGGUUCUGCUGACGUACGAUUCGCUGGUGUUAGUACUGCAGCACGGCACCUCUACCGAUCGCAGUCGGCUGAAUUUGGCCUCGGAGCAAUUAGAAAUGUGGGAAUCCUCCGAUCCCAGCAUCUGGGGUUUAUUCUUGCACAUUGCAUUCUCCAGAGGAACAGCAGGUUCGACGAAUCGUUUGAGGCUGGAUGGUAAUGCGGUGGCAUAUGGUGGGACUGAUGAAGAGGCUCAGAUAUUGGCUGUUAGACAAGUGGCCAUGAUCCGAUUCAAAAAUGGAGUGGACAGGUUUUGGAGGAGCAGAAUGGUCAAUCGCACCACCGUCACCAUCCCGCAAGAAGAGAAGCAGAGGUUGAGGAGCAAGUUGUGGGACUGUCUGAACGAACCUCAUAGGACUAUCGCUCUGCAUGCUGCAGUGUCCAUCAAUAGGAUAGCAAGGCAUGACUACCCCACACACUGGGAAGGCUUGUUUGACGAGCUGCUGCAGCAUCUUUCCAACGCUCAUUCGGAGCAGGCUACCGCUUCGCAGGAACUAGGGCCGGACUCGGAGAGAGCGAGAGCGGCCAGACUGAGGCUUUUGAGGGGUAGCGAUGUCUUGCAGAGGGUGUUGAAGGAGCUAGGCACAGUCAAAAUGCUUGCUGGUAGGAUACGGAUGACCACUCUGGCCAAAUCUUUGCUAGGCCCUCUCAGCUCCAUCUUUCAUCAAUACUUUGUCGAGACGUUCCCAUCCGAGCCCGAGAACUUGUCUGCUGCCGAGUUGGCAAGCUGGGCUUCAGGCGUCCAGUUAGCGGAUCGAGUGCGCACUAGUCAACUGCUCCUCCGAGCGGUCAUGCACUUGACCUUGGCAGAUCCAGGUCUGCUGACCGUCUCGACGACGAGCGAAGGAGGAUCGAGCGCAAACGUGGCGAUGCAUAUAUUCGCCUCUACGCCAACUCUCCUCUCUUGUUUAUCCAGCACCAGACUCUGCUAUCUGCGGCUCUACCGCAAUGCGACGUCUUCGGAACAAGCUGAGCAUCUACCUCUCCUCACAAACCUCACAAAGCACUUGCUAGGCUUCGGCAAGUUGUACUUGGCGCUGAUCGGCAAGGACAGAAGCAAAGCUGCGAGAUGGAGUGGCUGGGACGACCUUAUCCUUUGGUAUUGGUCACAAGCGAGGAGCGUCGACGAUGAAACGCUGUCCGUCUCAAGGGACACAGCUACCACCUCCCCCGAAGCGCUAGUUUUAGAUCGACCUCCAAAAUUCGUUAUACAAGCGCUGAUGCUCUUGAAGCAGACGCUGACAGAAUGGAGAGGCAACUCGACAUCGGACAGCAAGACGGACGUCAUUGCACCCCCGCCUUUCAACGAUGCCAACUUUCUCACGCGCGUGGCGGAUACGCUCGUCGAGAGGCUCAUGAGGCUGACGAGGGACGAUUUGGAAAAGUGGCAAACUGAUCCGGAAGAAUGGGCAAUUGGGGAGAGCAACGAGUCGAUCGAUUUGGACAUUCGUCCAGCUGCCGAGAGGACGCUGAUGGUGUUGGCAAAUUAUUCAAGGCCAAAGAGGCUGGUCGGAGAGCAUCUGUGGGGCAAAUUUUUGGCGCUCGGAAAUGCUACCUCGGUCGGUACGGGAGACUUGGGCCAGAUCUUGAUUCGCGAUGCCGUGUAUGCUGCGGUCGGAAGGUGUCGGGAUUACCUACCGAAUCAGGAUCAAGAUGGUCUGCCUGCUGACGAAGCGCAUUCAGCAGCCGAUGUGAGCUCAGCAGCUGCAGAGAGGUUAGUAUCCGAAGGGAUGCUGGACGCUUCGGCAGGUCCAGCUUGGAUCAUCAUUCGACGCAGGAUUGCCUGGAUAUUGUGGGAGUGGUCAGAAGAGAUCAGAAUACCGCACCGACCUGCCGUUUACGCGGUACUCGUCUCCCUGCUAGAGGAUUCCCCGGGAAGGACAGAUGUAGCUGUGCGCCUGGCAGCUGCGAAGUCUUUGGGCGCACUAGCGGACACGCUGGAGUUCGAUGCGGACUCUUUCGCCCCGUACAUUGAGCCGGCGCUGAUUGGACUUGCUAGGUUGGUGGGAAAUUCGGAAUUGGACGCAGUGGAUAGCAUACGAUCUUGCACUACCAGUCUCUCCAUAUUGACGGAAAGACUUGGCGCAAGAAUACUACCACACAUCGACACUAUGGCGAGACUUGUACCUACUCUUUGGAACAGCAACGAUGAUCCGCAAUUGCUCGGAAAGAGCUCUAUUCUCACAUUCGUGGCCAAGCUGGUCAGGACCGUCGAGCUUGUGCCGUAUGAGCAAAACGGACCAGCGGAGAAUUUGCAUCACGUAGUGGAGCCCUUGGUCAGACAAUCUCUCUCCAAUGCAGUGCGUCUGAUCGGUAAAGAUGCUUUGAGCCUGUGGGCUAGAACACUCAGAUCGACUCCUGCCAUGACGCCUCCUCUCUUUGGACUCUUGGAUAUGUUGCCGCACCUACUCGCCUUGCCAGAUUUUGCGCCGGACGCUUGCAGCAUAUUCGAAGAGGCGGCGAUGCUCGUUCCAGUUGAGCUUUGUCUCCACCAUGGCCACGCCAUCUUUGAUGCGCUUGCGAGCAUCCUGGCAGAUACGGAGAGCGCCAAUGUCUUGUCCCCCAUCAAGGCGGUCGACACCCUGCUGCAAUCUCUGCACGCUGUUGGACAAGCUGGAGAUCACUGGACCUCAUUAGCAGACAAUUCCGGCUUCUUUGCGGCGCUCGUGGGUUCGCUUGUGCAAGUCAAGGAAUCGGCAGUGAUAGCAGGAUACUUUGUCGCCCUGAUCUCGCGCAUCACUUUUCACCUUGCGCCCAAGCAGCUCGUCUCGCUGCUAGCGUCUUCUUCCGUCAGAUUGUCUCAUGCCAAUGCGCUGGCAGAUGUUGGUGCAACGCUUGUGACUCCCUUGAUCGACCAGUGGUGCAGUCGCUUUGAGAACAUGUCGUCGGCUAGGAGGAGGAAAAUGACAGCUUUGGGACUGGCAGCCUUACUGAAGAGCGCCUGCGCCAGCGCCAGCACUUCGAUCGCUCAGAGCGUCGCUAGUAAAGUGGCAGAGAUGAUCUCUGUAUGGUCCGACUCGCUCGGAGAAAUCAAGGAGAACGCUAAUGGCAGCUCCGACGUGUACCGCGCUCCAUCACCUGCCAAUUCGAUAGGCAUGGGUGCAUUUUCAGACGAUGGCGGAGACUGGUUGGAAGAUCUCGCGCCGGGCUCGGCGAGAGCAACGCAUCUAUCAGAGAAUGACCCUGCCAUCAAUGUGCCGCUGGCUAGCGCAGUCGCAGACGCUCUCAACGACGCUCAGAGCGUAUUUGGACCUGCCUUGUUGCAAGGCAUCGAUCCUCUUGUACUGGACAUGCUCAGAGCCGACCUCUCGAAAUGA